CUGUGUUCUCCGGUCCACAAGGUGGCAGUAUUUUGUUUAAAGAAUAAAGCCGAACAAACCCUUCCGCUCGUGUCCAAGUGCGCGUUUCUCAACCCAACGUGUGUAAACAAACACGUACAUUAUUAACUCAUGUAGCAAAAGCGCGGUGUUUAUUUUUCGGUGUUAACAUGGUGAAGUGUGUGGUGCGGGGAUGUCAGAACCAAAGCGACCUGAAAGCGGGUGAAAUGCGCAACAGGCCCCAGAAGCGCUUUUUUAGCCUCCCCACAGAUCAGGGCCGUGUUAGAGUUUGGCUUGCAGCGCUGCGGGAGUCACGACGCUUCUCCACCGAGCACAGGAUCUGUGAGGAUCACUUUCUGCCUGAGCACAUCACUCCCAGCGGCAUCAGUCCGGACGCCAUUCCCAUCAUGCCCCCUCUGGAGGGCUCGAUACUGAGCUCAGGCGCAUGGACCUCAGCGGUGGAGCCCAGAGAGGAGCUUUCAGACACCAGACAAGUGCUGACUGAAAUUCCAGCAGAUGAUAAUGAGGAUGAAGUUGAGCAGGACAUUGAUGACGACGACGACGAUGAUGAUGAUGAUGAUGAUGACGAUGAUGAGGAUGAUGAUGAUGAGGAAGAAUAUGAAGACUCUGAUUAUACAGAGGAAGAACCAGUGCACAUAGAUGAGGAAGCUGAGAGGCAGUGGCUGGAAAGACUGGAAGAGAAUCUUAAAAAUUCCACAGAAAAGAAACGAGUUCCUGCAAAAAAGGGCCCUACUUCUCGCUCAGAGGUAACGCUCGGACGGUUCACUAAGCGCUUCAUAGAUCUGCUCCACUCAGCUCCAGAAGGAAUUCUCGACCUCAAUGAGGCCACAGAAAAACUAGGCACUCACAAGAGGCGGGUAUAUGACAUCACCAAUGUGCUCAAUGGCAUUAAGCUCAUCACAAAGAAGUCAAAAAGCAAGAUCCAGUGGGUAGGUCCAUCACCGAUUAGCUGUUUCAAAAGCCAGUGGAAGAACAAGAUGAAGACUGAUCUGCUAAACCUAAAGACUAUGGAGGAGUCUCUGGACUGGCUAAUUAAAGACUGUGCCCAGCAGCUGUUUGCUCUAACAGACCUCACUGAAAAUGCUAACUUAGCUUAUGUGACGUAUGAUGACAUCUGUCGGAUCGGAGCCUUCAGGGAUCAAACCGUAAUAGCCAUCAAAGCUCCUGAGGAAACCAAGCUGGAGGUCCCUACACCCACUGAGGACUGUAUUAAGAUCCACCUGAAGGGCUCCAAAGGUCCUGUCCAUGUGCUGACAUGUGAAACGAGUAUGUCCGACCCAUCCGCUCAGUCCGAGCAGCUCAAAAACAGCCGUUUCCUUACACUGGAGGAGAGCCGGAUAGAGACAGCAACACUCCCAGCAGAUCUUCCUACCAUUUCCUCUGCUGUCCGGAGUGCAUAAAAAAGUUUAUCUAUGGAACAGUCUAAACUGUGCCAAAAGGACUGUGAAUCUGAAAGACAGUUUGGUUGAGGACCUGCUGCUGUAUAAAUGUUGCAUAUGUUAAUAGGACCACAGAUUUAUAAGCUUUAUUUUUAUAUGUAUAAUUCUGAUCUGAUCUGAAAGUCAGUACGAUUUUUCUUAUUUGGUUCAUGUGUUUGUACAAGGAAUGUAAAUUCCCCAAGAAAAAAUGAUGAAAGUGUAUAUGUAUAAAGAUCAACUAGUUCAGUGUACAGUGUCAUGACCAUGUUAAAAGACAUUAAUGUACAUUCUCAUAAAAACUUUAGUCACAUUUGUGAACGAAACAAGAAAUUGUUCAAAAUUGCAAUAACAAGCAUUAUAAUUUUUUUUCUUUGUGGUAAUAUGUUCCUAUUUUGUUUUUUGUUUCUUACUUCCCAAGCAAACAUGUACAUGUGUUGUGUUUUAAGUUUAAAUUCAGAAAAAUAAAAA